UAUUUACUGUGCCACUGCGUUUGCACUGCUUGAGGAAGGGAAGCCAGCUGUAUUAAUGCCUAGACUACUUGACUAACAGAUCAUCCGGUCACUCGAUGGGGAUUAACAGCGGACCACCUGUUUGUGUCACCUUCCCACCUCUCUGUAGCAAGAAAAAUAACUUCAGCACCUCUUCAAUAAUAAUGAUGAAACUGGUAUUAACUGAAUGGCAAUUAUGGAUUUUUAACUCUAAUUCACAGUAAACCAGCAAGCCAUAUGUUAAAAUCCAACCAAAAAGCGUUCUGUUUUGCUGCAUGUCUCAUACGAUUGUGAGAAGUUGUGAGAUACCUGUUUGUACAAAGAGGAAUAUAAGUAUUACUUGCCUGAGGAACACAACUGAAACAGAAAGAGAAGACGUCUUAAUUUAUCAUUAAAGAUAUAUGAUAGUAUUAUUUAUAUAGAUAGAAUAAAUAUAUAUAUAUUUUUGGUGGUAAUGAAAAUGGCUCCGCAGAAUGCCGACCCAGAAUCUAUGCAAGUUCAAGAGUUACCUGUGCCCCUGCCAGAUCCGCAGAAACCUGGAGACAUGGAGGCCGAGAACCGCGACGAGACCAUCAGUGAGGGGUCCAUAGACCGGAUCCCCAUGCGCCUGUGGGUGAUGCACGGGGCGGUGAUGUUUGGCAGGGAGUUCUGUUACGCCAUGGAAACAGCUUUGGUCACGCCAAUCCUGUUGCAGAUUGGCCUUCCGGAGCAGUACUACAGCCUCACCUGGUUCCUGAGCCCCGUCCUCGGCCUCGUCUUCACUCCUCUGAUCGGGUCUGCCAGUGACCGCUGCACCCUGAGCUGGGGCCGCCGGCGCCCUUUCAUCCUCGCCCUCUGUGUCGGCGUGCUCUUCGGCGUGGCACUCUUCCUUAAUGGCUCUGCCAUCGGUCUGGCCCUCGGCGAUGUCCCUACCCGGCAGCCCAUCGGCAUUGUCCUCACAGUGUUGGGAGUGGUGGUCCUGGAUUUCAGCGCUGAUGCCACCGAGGGGCCCAUUCGUGCCUACCUCCUGGAUGUGGUGGACAGCGAGGAACAGGACAUGGCUCUCAACAUCCACGCCUUCUCUGCUGGCCUCGGUGGAGCCAUCGGCUAUGUGCUGGGUGGGCUGGACUGGACCCAGACCUUUCUGGGCGACUGGUUCAGAACACAGAACCAGGUGCUCUUCUUCUUUGCCGCCAUCGUCUUCACGGUGUCCGUGACCUUGCACCUCUUCAGCAUCGAGGAGGAGCAGUACAGUCCCCAGCAGGAACGCGGCGCCGACGAGGCCGACACCCUGCCCGGGGCCAGGCUGGGUGGCACCCACGCCCCCACCACCCGCCUCAGCGCCCUGGAUGGCGGGGAGCCGUAUGGCGCUGUCCCAGCCUUCCCGGACGAGGUGCAAUCGGAGCACGAGCUGGCCCUGGACUACUUGGACGUGGACAUCGUGCGCAGCAAGAGUGACUCGGUGCUACACGUGCCGGACGCCACGCUGGACCUGGAGCCCGAGCUGCUCUUCCUGCAUGACAUUGAGCCCUCCAUCUUCCACGACGCCUCCUACCCCGCCACCCCCCGCAGCACCAGCCAGGAGCUCGCCAAGGCCAAGCUGCCCCGCCUGGCCACCUUCCUCAGGGAAGCUGUGAAGGAGGACGAGACCUUGCUCGAUAAUCACUUGAAUGAAGCUAAAGUCCCAAACGGGAGUGGCUCCCCCCCGAAAGAUGCCCUCAGCGGUUACACCAGGGUGGACAUGAAGCCCUCGGCCACGUCAGGCUCCAUGCGGCGACGGAGGCACAUGUUCCGCCGGCAGGCCUCCAGCACCUUCUCCUACUAUGGCAAGAUUGGGUCCCACUGCUACCGCUACCGGCGGGCCAAUGCGGUGGUUCUGAUCAAGCCGUCCCGCAGCAUGAGCGACCUCUACGACAUGCAGAAGCGGCAGCGGCAGCGGUGCCGCCAUCGCAACCAGAGCGGGGCCACCAACUCCAGCGGGGACACAGAGAGCGAGGAGGGGGAGAGCGAGACCACCGUGCGCCUGCUGUGGCUGUCCAUGCUGAAGAUGCCCAAGGAGCUGAUGCGCCUGUGCCUUUGCCACCUUCUCACCUGGUUCUCCGUCAUCGCCGAGGCCGUGUUCUACACCGACUUCAUGGGCCAGGUCAUCUUUGAAGGGGACCCCAAGGCCGCCUCCAACUCAACCGCCUGGCAUGACUACAACGCUGGGGUCAAGAUGGGCUGCUGGGGUCUGGUCAUCUACGCUGCCACCGGUGCUAUUUGCUCAGCCCUGCUACAGAAGUACUUGGACAACUACGAUCUGAGCGUCAGGGUGAUCUACGUGCUGGGGACACUGGGCUUCUCUGUCGGCACGGCCUUGAUGGCCAUGUUCCCCAACGUCUACGUCGCCAUGGUCACCAUCAGCACCAUGGGUGUCGUCUCCAUGAGCAUCUCCUACUGUCCCUACGCCCUGCUGGGGCACUACCACGAGAUCAAGCAGUACGUUCACCACAGCCCGGGGAACUCCAAGCGGGGGUUUGGCAUAGACUGCGCCAUCCUCUCGUGCCAGGUCUACAUCUCCCAGAUCCUGGUAGCAUCAGCCCUCGGGGGCGUGGUCAACGCCGUGGGAAUUGUCCGUGUUAUCCCAAUGGUGGCCUCCGUGGGCUCUUUCCUGGGCUUCCUGACAGCCACGUUCCUGGUGAUCUAUCCCGACAUGUCAGAGGAGGCCAAGGAGGAGCAGAAAGGCCUGUCUUCCCAGCCAGCCGGCGAAGGCGGGGCUGGUGGCAGCGAGAAGCCCACUGUGCUGAAGCUCACACGCAAGGAGGGCCUCCAGGGGCCGGUGGAGACGGAGUCCAUGGUCUGAGCCGCACUCCCAUUCACACGCAUUCCACCGGCCGGCGGGCAGUGGGCCGGGCUGCAGGGCUGGCGGAGGGACCGGUGGGCGGGCAGGCCGAUGGAGCCGCGUUGCUGGGCCAUAUGGUUGCCGUGGCCAACAUGGCAGCACCAUCCAGAGUCCUUCACAAGAUGUAGUCAGAAGUUAGUAGUUGUAGGGUAGGUUUGAGCUACUAGGCAAAAAUACCACACUAAUUCCUUUUUCAACAAUUAAAAAAAAUUAUUUGAAA